AUAUAUUUACGUCUCAUACCAAUCCUGGACCCGUUGACGGAGGAACUGGGAAGGAGAGAAACCAGACGGCGACGGUAGCUGACUUUUCACGAGAGAGAGAGAGAGAGAGAGAGAGAGAGAGAGAGAGAGAGAGAAUUAACAGCACGUGGUUGAGUUUUGCAUUGACCGCCCGUUGACGCGGAAGUCUAUCGACUUUUAUUUUCUGCAGAGGUUUCUUUAAUGGAUAAAGGAUUCAUUGCAACUUCCCUUUUUUCUGUUCCGAUGCAUUCCGGAAACUUCUGAGGAUUUUUAGGGUUUUACGGAGGGGGUUAGUGGGGGCUUUUGAUCAGUAAUGGCGAACUCGGAGAUUGGGGAGAAUGGUCGAAGAAGGAGAUGGGGGUGGGUGGUUGGAGCUCUGAUUGCUGUGUUACUCGCGACUGCAGCGACGUCAAGAAGCGCUCCGAAGAUCUCACUCUUUGCGCAGAAUAAUAAGGAUUGCAAGUGUGUGGAUUCACGGAAGUACACUGGCAUUGUGGAGGAUUGUUGCUGUGACUAUGAGACUGUCGACACUGUUAAUAAGGAAGUGUUACAUCCCCUGUUAAAAGAGAUUGUCGCAACCCCUUUUUUCCGAUAUUUCAAGGUCAAAUUGUGGUGUGACUGUCCUUUCUGGCCUGAUGAUGGCAUGUGCCGUUUACGGGAUUGCAGUGUCUGUGAAUGCCCUGCAAAUGAGUUUCCUGAACCAUUUAAAAAGCCAUCUCGUCAUUCACUUUCAUCUGAUGAUUUAAUAUGUCAAGAGGGAAAGCCACAGGCUAUUGUUGACCGAACACUAGAUACCAAAGCUUUCAGAGGUUGGGUAGAUAUAGACAAUCCAUGGACAAAAGAUGAUGAGACUGAUAAUGAUGAGAUGACAUAUGUAAAUCUCCAGCUAAACCCUGAACGUUACACUGGCUACAGUGGACCAUCAGCUAGGAGGAUAUGGGAUGCAAUUUACAUGGAGAAUUGUCCAAAAUAUCCAUCUGAAGAGUUCUGUGCAGAGAGAGUGUUAUACAAGUUGAUUUCUGGACUUCACUCCUCCAUUUCAAUUCACAUAGCUGCUGAUUAUCUCCUUGAUGAAGUUACCAAUCUGUGGGGCCAAAAUCUCGAGUUGAUGUAUGACCGGGUGUUAAGAUAUCCAGAGCGUGUCAGGAACCUGUACUUCACUUUCCUCUUUGUUCUCCGAGCUGUGACAAAAGCAGAAGAUUACUUGGAACAAGCCGAGUAUGACACUGGCAACCCUGAAGAGGACCUAAAAACAUGUUCCUUGAUGAGGCAGAUGCUCUAUAAUCCCAAAUUACAAGCAGCAUGCCCUCUGCCAUUUGAUGAAGCCAAGUUAUGGCAAGGUCAAAGUGGACCUGAGCUGAAGCAGCAGAUUCAAAAACAAUUCAGAAACAUUAGUGCCUUGAUGGAUUGCAUUGGAUGUGAAAAGUGUCGACUCUGGGGAAAGCUUCAAGUUUUUGGUCUAGGAACUGCAUUGAAGAUUCUCUUCUCUGUUGAUGGCCAUGACAAAUUGGACCAGCCUCUGCAACUACAACGGAAUGAAGUAAUUGCCCUGAUAAACUUACUCAAUCGACUCUCAGAAUCUGUCCAAUUUGUACAUGAGAUGGGGCCUGUAGCAGAAAAUAUUAUUGAAGCACAGAUUUCUGCACCUUCUGCUGUGAGCAGAACAUGGCAAAGAAUAUUGGCCUUUGUACGCAAACAAUAACAUUAUGUUGUUCACCUUGCAAGCAGUCUAACAUGGUAACUGAGGUAUCAAUUUUGAAGGAUAGUCUUAGUAAGGAGUCCGAGUAAGCAGAAGUGUAUGCGUAAGGGGAACAAAUGACUUGUCAAAAAAAAAAACAAAAGAAAGAAAAAAAGAGGAACAAAUGGGUACAGUAAAACAAUUUAUUUUUGUUUGUGUUUUGAGAAAGAAAUUGUUGAGCAAUUGAAGCUUGAAAGAAUACUGUUGUCAGAGUAGUAGCAUUAAUGUAGGAAGGGGAUGUAAGAUGUGAACUUUGUAUUUGUAGUAUAUCAACAUAUUUUAGUCAAUGUCAAUAUUGAUGAUUUUUCAUA